CUCACACUGGACCCCAACACGGCCAACAGACGACUCUCUCUGUCUAAGGACAACAGGAAGGUGACGUGGGUUGGAGUGGGCCAGUCGUAUCCGGAUCACCCAGACAGAUUUGACUCCUGGGACCAGGUGUUGGGUAGAGAGGCUCUGACUGGCCGCUGUUACUGGGAGGUAGAGUGGGAAGGAUGGGUUGGUAUAGGAGUGACAUACAGAGGAAUCACAAGGAGAGGAGAGGGUGAUGACAGCGCGCUUGGACUGAACAACAAGUCCUGGAGUCUUUAUUGUCAUGAUGGUCUUUACUCUGCCCGGUACAACGGUAUAAAGACAUGCCUCCCUCUCCCCCACGCUGGCUCCACCAGAGUAGGAGUGUAUCUGGACCGGCCUGCUGGCUCUCUGUCCUUCUACAGAGUGUCCCCAGGUGGAGGAGGGUCCUCAGACACACUGACACACCUCCACACCUUCUGGUCCUCCUUCACCCAGGAGGACCUCCUCCUGGGGGUCUGGGUACGGUGGUGGCGGACCCCAGCGGGGGGGUGGCUGGGGUCCUCAGCGUCUGUGUCAGUUGUAGAAAAGAAAUCGGGUCAGCGAAAAAAAGUGAAAAAAAUAAAUAAAGUGCAGGCCGGCUGCGGCGCACACACGCAUACACGCACACACACACACGCACAUACACGUACACGUACACGUACACAUGCCCGCACAAACAUACACGCACACACACACAUGCAUGCACACACACACACACACUGAGAGGACUGAUGACUCAGUUUCUCUGUGGCAGUUAUAUUCUCUCACAAACACAUACACGCGCACAUACACACACUCAGACACACAUAAACACACACAAACAUACACAUACACACUGUGGCAGUUAGUCUCUCUCUCUCUCUCUCUCUCUCUCUCUCUCUCUCUCUCUCUCUCUCUCUCUCUCUCUCUCUCUCUCUCCCCCUCCCUCUUCCGCCCUCUCUAUCUCUCUUUCUUUCUCUUCUGGUAUAGCAUGAUAAGCCGUGAAAAGACUUAAGAUAUCCCAUAGUUAGAUAAGCACAUUUAUUAUUUGAAAUGUACAUAAAAUACCUAUUGAUGGUUAACCUUUGCAUAUUUUCAGACUUCACCAGUUUUGGUCUUAAGGGCUCUUAUCAUCAUUUUUGUCAUAAUCAUGAUUUACGACCUGAUUUAAAGCAGAUUUAAUAUUUUAUUCAUAAUAAGCAAGAGGUCUGUGGGAUAAUGUUGCUUGUUGUAAAUUACUUUAGGCUGAAUCUUGAUUCAGGUACCAAGCAGCCACAGAACAUGUUCAGUUAUUAAAGAUAUGUGCACACCUGUUGAUGAUUUGUAAAGUCUGCUGCUUCUAUUGUUUUAGCCCUUUUGUUUUUUGUGUACAUGCAAGGGUCUAUUUUUCAGUAAAGGGACAUUAGAACCCCCUAUCGCCUAUUGACAAUUACUUAAGAUAGGACGUCCCUCCCUCAGCCUCAAUUGACUCCCAUUAAUUUCCCCGAAAGUCACAUAAUCCUGAUUUACAACCUGAUUUAAAGCAGAUUUUAUAUUUUAGUCAUAAUAACCAAGAGGUCUAUGGGACAAUGUUGCAUGUUGUAAAUUACUUUAAACUGAAUCUAGAUUUUUAAUGUUCUGUUGGGAAUCAAGCGGUCGCAGAACAUGUUCAGUUAUUAAAGAUACGUACACACCUGUUGAUUUGUAAAGUCUGCUGCUUCUAUUGUUUUAGUCCUUGUGUUUAUUGUGUACAUGUAAGGGACUAUUUUUCUGUCUUAUUUGUUAAUGAAGCAUAAUUGCAAUAAAC